CUAGCCAUCUCUAAGCUACGUGAAAUCGACUAAGCAAGCCAAUAGUCCAACAAGUCUUAUACUCAUCUUUUGCAGCCCUCUUAGUGUUGCAUAUCAACUUCGACGAUCUUACAUUAUGAAAUUGAUCAUUUGUGCGGCUGCUGUAUCUUCCUUGGUAGAUGCCUUGGCCAUUCGGGAUUAUUCAGUCUCCAUUAACCACAAUACAGUGACCAAGUCUCCAAAUGUGGACUACAAAGAUUUCAGUAUCGCUGCAGGAAAGCACUUUGCAGCUGUGAACAGCAAAAAAGUUCAAUUGAGCGGUAAUUUUGAAAAUGAGGGCGAAUUUUACGUCACAAACUCUGGCGAUUCGAGGGUCAGGAUGAGCAUCAUCGGUGACACUGUUGAGAACCGUGGGAAAUUUGCUAUCAACUCCUUAACAGCUGAAACCACUCCCGGGUUUUUUAUCAGGGCAAGGGAAAGUUUUGUAAACUCUGGUGAAAUGUACCUUGGAGAUUCCGGGGCCGAGUCUGCUGUUUUCCCAAUCACCAUAUCUUCUGCGAACUCUUGGUAUAACUCGGGCUCGAUGGUAUUCCGGAGGGAAUCUGGACCCAGAGUUCCAUUAGAUCUUCGUGGAAGUCUCUUUGAUAUCCCAAGCAUUGAAAAUUAUGGAUCCAUUUGUUUAUACAACACUUUAUGGGAGACAAAAACAUCCAUUAUAGGAUCCGGCUGCAUCAGUGUGGGUUCUGGUUCACUCUUGGAAUUAGCGCUCGACAAGGACCAGGUUCUGCAAGCUAUCACCUUAGAAUCCGCGGACUCUGACUUGAAGAUUUCCAAAUUUGGCACUUCUCUUAGUGCUCCAGUCAUCAGAAUCGCAGGUUUCGGAGGAAAUAACAAAAUCUCCUUUGAUAAGGUAAUUGAGGGUACCGACAAACUCAGUUAUUCUGAGGAAACAGGAAGGUUGUCGAUCUUGGACGCCACUAAGACGGUCCUUCUCUUAGAUAUUGGCACAGGGUACGAUGCGGGAGAGUUUAAAGUGACCCAGAGUGAGAGUGGUAGUACCGUGGUGUACGACAAGGCAGUCCCACAAGACAGCCGUCAAGAUGGAUGUGGUUGUGUAUCAGAGUUUCCCAACUCGCCACGAGUACCUGGCUCUUAGUUGAGCUGACUAGCAAAAUGGCUCCUUCCUGGUUGAAUGUUGAAAUUGUGUGUUGAUUACUCCUAGUUCAUCACCAACUCACUGUCGCCAAGUCAAAUACUCAAGGCCUGGCAGCAUCAAGCUCAAUGGUCUUGAGUGUACAUUUGUACUUGUUCCCCUUCAUCUUUUCCCUGUCUCGUUUUGUAUUUGUGGCAUAAAAUUAGGGGA